AUGCCCCUCGCCAUUGAGCAAUGUCUGGCGGAAGGUGGUAUCAGCUCAGAUGGGAGGGAGGUAGAUGGGAUUGCGGUGACUCAGGGGCCGGGCAUGCCUGGUUGUUUGAGCGUAGGGCUUACCACUGCGAAGACAUUAGCAGCUACAUGGAAGAAGCCUUUGAUACCGGUCCAUCACAUGGAAGCGCAUGCACUGACUCCCUUCCUGACAGAGAAUGAGAACACCAAGGAGCCCCUUGCCUUCCCGUUCCUAACACUACUCUUGUCCGGUGGUCAUACGAUGCUGGUUCUAGCUAGUGGGGUAGGGAGGUACAAGAUCCUAGCCUCUACAUCAGAUGACUCGAUAGGGGACGCAUUUGACAAAGCAGCCAAGCAUCUAGCCAUUCCCACAGACUGGCUGCGUCAGUCUCCUGGGGCCUCCCUCGAAGCCUUUGCCGCUCAAGCUCCCCCGCCCACAUCUCCAAAGGACGCGAUUCCCAGAUUCACGCUGCCGCUGAAGGGCAAGCCGGAGUUCUCUUACUCUGGCAUCAAGAGUGGGUUCAAGCGCCGGUUGGACGAAGCUGUUGCUGCUGCAGGUUGCGAGAAUGUCGAAGAGCUGCCGACUGCUACAAGGCAGAUGUAUGCCCGGGCCUUUCAGGCGGCCGCCUUCGCUCAGGUGGAGGACAAGCUCGGUCUGGUGCUGGCAAGGCCGAACGAGGAAAUUGAAAGCGAGAUGGGUAAGAAGGAUGUCGUUCGACCUCAAGAGUGGGAUAGCGCUGCUGGGCUGGACGAUUGCAAGCAUCUGGUAGUCAGCGGUGGUGUAGCUGCCAACUCUGAGCUCAGGAGGCGGCUCAGAUCGAUCUGGAAAGAGGAAGAGGGCCGCCACCUCGUCUUUCCACCUAUAGAAUACUGCGUAGACAACGCAGCUAUGAUCGCGCACCUGGGUCUUCUCCUGUACGCAUCUCACUGCCCCCCUAGAGAGGAGGCUUUUGCUGCAUUGCCGCGAGGAAAGUGGUCCAUGGAGGACCUUGCCUCUUAA